AUGGGCGCCAAAGAACCGAUUUUGGACGACGAGGAGGAGGACGAGGACGAGGAGGAGGACGAAGAGGCCCUGCUGGAGGACGAGGACGAAGAGCCACCUGCCGCCCAGGCUUCGGAGCUGGCCGCGCAGCCGCCGCCGGAGCCCCCGGAGGCGGCAGCCGGAGAGGCCUCGGCCGAGCCCGCUGCUUCGGAGCAGCCGGCGGAGGCCCCCGCCGGGUCAGGCGGGGUAAAUGGUGGCGAAGAGCAGGGCACCGGCAAGGGGGAAGGAGACGAGCCCGAGGAGCGGAGCGGGGACGAGGCGCCGGGAUCGGAGGCGCCGGGUGACCAGGCCGCGGAGGAACAGGGAGAUGACCAAGAUAGUGAGAAGUCAAAACCAGCAGGCUCAGAUGGUGAGCGGCGGGGGGUAAAGAGACAGCGGGAUGAGAAGGAUGAGCACGGUCGAGCUUACUAUGAGUUCCGAGAGGAGUCUUACCACAGCCGCUCAAAGUCCCCACCACCCCCUGAAGAAGAGACAAAAGAGGAGGAGGAAGAUGAGACCCUUGUGAACCUGGACACGUAUACCUCGGAUCUCCAUUUCCAAGUGAGCAAAGACCGCUAUGGAGGCCAGCCACUCUUCUCUGAGAAGUUCCCCACCCUUUGGUCCGGGGCGAGGAGUACGUACGGCGUCACGAAGGGCAAAGUCUGCUUUGAAGCCAAGGUAACCCAGAAUCUCCCCGUGAAAGAAGGCUGCACAGAGGUUUCUCUGCUUCGAGUUGGGUGGUCUGUUGAUUUUUCUCACCCACAACUUGGUGAGGAUGAAUUCUCGUACGGUUUUGAUGGACGAGGCCUUAAGGCAGAAAAUGGGCAGUUUGAAGAGUUUGGCCAGACGUUUGGGGAGAACGAUGUCAUUGGCUGCUUUGCUAAUUUUGAGACUGAAGAAGUAGAGCUCUCCUUCUCCAAGAACGGGGAAGACCUAGGUGUGGCAUUCCGGAUCAACAAGGAAUCCCUGGCCGACCGGGCCCUCCUCCCCCAUGUCCUCUGUAAAAAUUGUGUUGUAGAAUUAAACUUUGGUCAGAAGGAGGAACCCUUCUUCCCAGCACCAGAAGCGUUUGUGUUCAUCCACGCUGUGCCUGUGGAGGAGCGGGUGCGCACAGCCGUCCCCCCCAAGACCAUGGAGGAGUGUGAGGUGGUCAUGAUGGUGGGACUCCCUGCGUCUGGAAAGACCCAGUGGGCACUGAAAUUCGCAAAAGAGAACCCUGAGAAAAGAUACAAUGUUCUGGGAGCGGAGACUGUGCUCAGGCAAAUGAGGAUGAAGGGGCCUGAGGAACCAGAGAUGGACCCCAAAAGUCGAGACCUUUUGGUUCAGCAAGCCUCCCAGUGCCUUAGUAAGCUGGUUCAGAUCGCUUCCCGGACAAAGAGAAACUUCAUCCUCGAUCAGUGCAAUGUGUACAACUCCGGCCAGCGGCGGAAGUUGCUGCUGUUCAAGACCUUCGCUCGCAAAGUGGUGGUGGUCGUCCCCAACGAGGAGGAUUGGAAGAAGAGGCUAGAGUUGAGGAAGGAAGUGGAGGGCGACGACGUGCCUGAGUCCAUCAUGCUCGAGAUGAAAGCCAACUUCUCUCUGCCUGAGAAAUGUGACUACAUGGACGAAGUGACCUACGGCGAGCUGGAGAAGGAGGAAGCGCAGCCCAUCGUCACCAAGUAUAAGGAGGAGGCGAGGAAGCUGCUGCCGCCCUCCGAGAAGCGGACUAACCGCCGCAACAACCGUAACAAGCGCAACCGGCAGAACCGAAGCCGAGGCCAAGGCUAUGUGGGCGGGCAGCGCCGCGGCUACGACAACCGGGGCUACGGGCAGCAGUACUGGGGGCAGUCUGGAAACAGAGGGGGUUACCGACAUUUCUAUGAUCGCUACCGGGGGGACUCGGACCGAUACUACGGGCGGGAUUAUGAGUACAACAGAUACAGAGACUAUUACAGACAGUACAAUCGGGACUGGCAGGGCUACUACUACCACCAUCCCCAGGACAGAGACCGGUACUACAGGAACUACUACGGCUACCAGGGGUACCGGUGAAGCCACGGAGCUGAAUCUCUGGGGGGGCCAGGCACCUCCGAAAACACAACCAAGGAAAACAGGGGCUGUCGGGGUGGGGCUGAGC